AUGGCACUGCAACUCUUACAUCUCCUUCCAAUCAAUUGUUUGCCCUACUUGGGUGCUGAUGGCACUGCAACUCUUACAUCUCCUUCCAAUCAAUUGGCUGAUAUGGAUCGAUUUGUAGAGGAUGGAUCACUUAAGGAUAAUGUUGAGUCUUCUUUAACUCAUGAUGAUACAGAAACGCAGAUAAAGUUAAAAAUGGCUCAACUACAUCAGCAACAGCUGCAGCAACAAAACAGUAAUCCACAGCAGCAGCAGCAGCAUGCUCUUCCAACUCCGCCAUCACAAAGUUCAAAUCACAAUCCUCAUCCACAAGAUAAAAUGGGGGGUGCUGGCAGUGUCACCAUAGAUGGAAGCAUGUCAAACUCCUUUCGGGGAAAUGAUCAGACUGGUAGAAAGAGAAAGCAGCCAGUCUCAUCUUCAGGUCCUGCCAAUAGCUCAGGAACGGAAAACACGGCUGGACCUUCCCCAAGUUCAGCACCUUCAUCAUCCUCAGCUCACACGCCAGGGGAUGUGAUAUCAAUGCCUGCUUUGCCCCAUAGCGGUAGCACUUCCAAGCCUUUAAUGAUGUUUGGUGCUGAUGGCACUGCAACUCUUACAUCUCCUUCCAAUCAAUUGUGGGAUGAUAAAGAUCUUGAAUUGCAGGCUGAUAUGGAUCGAUUUGUAGAGGAUGGAUCACUUGAGGAUAAUGUUGAGUCUUUUUUAACUCAUGAUGAUACAGACCCAAGAGAUGCUGUUGGUCGUUGUAUGGAUGUUAGCAAAGGAUUCACGUUCACAGAAGUAAAUGCUGUUAGAGCCAGCACAAACAAAGUUAUUUGUUGUCACUUCUCAUCUGAUGGAAAAUUGCUAGCUAGUGGUGGGCAUGACAAGAAAGCUGUAUUGUGGUAUGCAGAUAGUUUAAAGCCAAAAACUACGCUUGAAGAACAUACGUCUUUAAUAACCGACGUUCGGUUUAGUCCAAGCAUGCCGCAUGUUGCAACAUCUUCAUUUGACAAAACUGUCAGGGUUUGGGCUGCUGACAAUCCUGGUUAUUCACUUCGUACUUUGGUGGGACAUUCUGCCUUUGUUAUGUCAUUAGACUUCCACCCAAAUAAAGAUGACCUCAUAUGCUCUUGUGAUGGGGAUGGUGAGAUACGGUACUGGAGUAUUAGCAAAUGCAGCUGUGUCAGUGUUUUCAAGGGUGGAACGGCUCAAAUGAGAUUUCAACCCCGUCUUGGGAGAUACCUUGCAGCUGCUGCAGAGAAUGUUGUAUCCAUACUGGAUGUGGAGACACAAGCUUGUCGACAUUCAUUGCAGGGACAUACUAAGCCAAUCCAUUCUGUGUGCUGGGAUCCUUCUGGUGAAUUUCUUGCAUCCGUCAGUGAGGACUCUGUCAGAGUUUGGACACUUGGAUCGGGAAGUGAAGGGGAGUGUAUACAUGAACUGAGCUGUAAUGGCAACAAAUUUCACUCGUGUGUUUUCCAUCCUACGUAUACUUCAUUGCUGGUUAUUGGUUGUUACCAGUCUUUGGAGCUAUGGAACAUGAGUGAGAACAAGACAAUGACUCUAUCAGCUCAUGAAGGACUUAUUGCUGCUUUGGCUGUGUCAACUGCGACAGGUUUGGUUGCUUCGGCCAGCCAUGAUAAGUUUGUCAAGCUCUGGAAGUGAUAUACAAUUGCCACCAAAGUUGACUUUGCAAUACGUGAUUAAAUUAUAUUAGGGUUGAUCAACUGGUUGUAGCAUGUAUCUGCUUUGUUUGCUUGUCGGUUCAUCUCUGUUUGGCUUUUUUGAUCUCAGACUUUAGCUCCAUAGCCCAGAAUCUGACAUGUAAUAUUAUUGCUGUUGUUAUAGUAUUGUAAUACUACUAUCUGUUUUUUGUUUUUCGUUUUUGUUCCCUUUUUUUUCAAAUGUGGAAAUGGACCGUCUGUAAUGCGUUGAACUUCAUAAAAAUUUAAAGUUUCAUCA